AAUUGAGCCUUCGAACCAUCUGAACCCCCGGCCAAGCUCAUCGGCGUCUGCCGCACACGUGGGAGAUCCUUGGCGUCCUCGGGUCGCCUUCGCAAACCGGGAAAACUCAAACCAUACGCCGCGUCGAUCGGUUGCCCUCUCUUGAAUCGCUUUGAACAUCCACCAUUUCAUUUCUAACAAGACGACUCCCGGCAGUCGAUUUUCUCCCACUUUUAGCCCUUUUCUUCUCGUUGGUUGUUUCACGUGGAAAACCACUGGAUCGUGGUCGUGGCCGCCUGGCGUAACCAGCAACUAAACGCGAUCGGGACGUGGAAGCAAGAUGUCCGAGAAGACCAUAGCCAGCCUCAUCCUGGAGGACGGGACGCGGUUUACGGGCAGCCUUUUCGGUGCUAAAGUGUCCGUUUCUGGCGAAGUUGUGUUCCAGACCGGCAUGGUGGGCUACCCUGAGUCCCUGACUGACCCAUCGUACCACUGCCAACUGCUUACGCUCACCUACCCGCUGGUGGGCAAUUAUGGCGUGCCAGCGGACGUUGAGGGCGCGUUCGGCUUGAGCAAGUGGUUUGAGUCAUCAAAGAUCCACGCCGCCGCUCUCAUCAUCGGGGAGCUGUCGGAGUGUCCGAGUCAUUGGAGUUCAGUCAAGUCCUUGGACCGGUGGCUCCAGGAGCAAGGAGUUCCUGGACUACAAGGUAUCGAUACCCGCUGCCUGACCAAAAAGAUCCGCGAGAAGGGGACCAUGUUGGGAAAGCUGGUUUUGGAGGGGACCCCCGAGGACACUGUUCCCUUUGACAAUCCCGACAAAAGGAACCUGGUCCAGGAGGUGUCCAUGAGGGAGCCGCAAUUGUUCAACCCCAGCGGUAUUCUGCGGAUCACCGUGGUGGACUGCGGUAUCAAAUACAACCAAAUCCGCUGCCUGGCCGAGCGAGGUGCCCGCGUCACCGUUGUACCCUGGGACCACCCGUUGGACAGCUCAGAAUUUGAUGGUUUGUUCAUCAGCAACGGUCCAGGCGAUCCGCUUCUCUGCCAGGCCACCAUCGACAACGUACGCAAAGUGGUGUGCGUGGAUCAGCCCAAGCCAGUUUUCGGCAUCUGCCUGGGACACCAGCUGCUCUCCUUGGUCAUCGGAGCAAAGACCUACAAGAUGAAGUACGGCAACCGUGGCCACAACCAGCCUUGCCUCCACAAGGGCACCGACCGCUGCUUCAUCACCAGUCAGAACCACGGCUUCGCUGUGGACCCCGACACCCUGCCGAGCGACUGGGACGUUCUCUUCACAAACGCCAACGAUCACACCAACGAGGGCAUCGUGCACAACACGCAGCCGCUUUUCAGUGUCCAGUUCCAUCCCGAGCAUAUGGCCGGCCCGACGGAUCUGGUCGGCUUGUUUGACGUGUUCCUUGACACCGUCAGAGACCACAAGGAGGGCAAUGCUGACAAAUCAGUGAAGCGGCGUCUGAUGGAGCAUCUCACCUAUACAAAUUCUCCCAAGCCUGAAGAGGUUUCCCGACCGAGGAAGGUCCUCAUCUUGGGCUCUGGGGGCCUUUCCAUCGGCCAGGCCGGAGAGUUUGACUACUCGGGUUCUCAGGCUAUUAAGGCUCUGAAGGAGGAGAAUAUCCAGACAGUGCUGAUUAAUCCCAAUAUCGCCACAGUGCAGACCUCUAAGGGUCUGGCGGACAAGGUUUACUUCCUGCCCAUUACAGCAGAAUACGUCACUCAGGUGAUUAAAAACGAGCGCCCAGACGGCGUCCUGCUGACGUUCGGUGGGCAGACGGCGCUGAAUUGUGGCGUGGAGCUGACCAAGUUGGGUGUGCUGGAGAAGUACAACGUGAGGGUUCUGGGCACACCUGUGGCUUCCAUCGAGAUGACAGAGGACAGGAAGAUCUUUGUGGAGAAAAUGGAGGAGAUCAACGAGCAUGUAGCGCCCAGCGAGGCUGCCCUCUCCGUGGAGCAGGCGGUGGCCGCCGCAGAGCGCCUGGGCUACCCAGUGCUGGUCCGCUCGGCCUUCGCCCUGGGCGGCCUGGGCUCGGGCUUCGCCAACAGCCGCGAGGAGCUGACCUCCCUGGUCACGUCGGCCUUCGCGCACACCUCGCAGGUGCUGGUGGACAAGUCGCUGAAAGGCUGGAAGGAGAUCGAGUACGAGGUGGUGCGCGACGCCUUCGACAACUGCGUCACUGUGUGUAACAUGGAGAAUAUUGACCCUCUGGGCAUCCACACUGGAGAGUCUAUCGUUGUGGCGCCCAGUCAAACGCUCAACGACCACGAGUACAAUAUGCUUCGGAACACCGCCAUCAAGGUCAUCCGCCAUCUUGGCAUUGUGGGAGAGUGCAACAUCCAGUAUGCGCUUAAUCCCGAAUCUGACCAGUACUACAUCAUCGAGGUCAACGCCCGCCUGUCGCGCAGCUCUGCUCUGGCCAGUAAAGCGACGGGUUACCCUCUGGCAUAUGUAGCAGCAAAACUCGGCCUGGGGAUUCCGUUGCCGCAACUCAAGAAUUCUGUCACCAACUCAACCACGGCUAACUUUGAGCCCAGUUUAGACUACUGUGUAGUGAAGGUGCCUCGUUGGGAUCUGAGCAAGUUCUUGAGGGUCUCCACCAAGAUCGGAAGCUCCAUGAAGAGUGUCGGUGAGGUGAUGGCCAUCGGCCGCAGCUUUGAGGAGGCCUUCCAGAAGGCUCUGAGGAUGGUGGAUGAGAACUGCGUCGGGUUUGAUCACACUAUCAAGCCGGUGUCUCAACAGGAGCUCCAGAUACCCACUGACAAGCGGAUCUUCGUUCUGGCCGCCGCCCUCCGUGACGGCUACACGGUGGACCAACUGUACGAGCUGACCAAAAUCGACCGCUGGUUCUUGCACAAGAUGAAGAACAUCUCCGACCACGAGCGACUGCUGGAGAAGUACAACCAGGACGAGAGUCUCAUGCCGCCCGAGGUGAUGCGCAAGGCCAAGCAGUUGGGCUUCUCGGACAAGCAGAUCGCGUUGGCUGUCCAGAGCACCGAACUGGCUGUGAGGAAGCUGCGCCACGAUUGGUCCAUCCUUCCUGUGGUCAAGCAGAUCGACACAGUGGCAGCGGAGUGGCCGGCCUUCACCAACUACCUGUACCUGACCUACAACGGCGCCCAGCACGACCUGAGCUUCAGCGACCUGCACGUCAUGGUGAUCGGAUCGGGCGUCUACCGCAUCGGCAGCAGCGUCGAAUUCGACUGGUGCGCGGUGGGCUGCAUCACCGAGCUCCGGAAGAUGGGCUACAAGACCAUAAUGGUGAACUACAACCCUGAGACGGUCAGCACGGACUACGACAUGUGUGACCGCCUCUACUUUGAUGAAAUCUCCUUUGAGGUGGUGAUGGAUAUCUAUGAGCUGGAAAACCUGGAGGGCGUGAUCCUCUCCAUGGGCGGCCAGCUGCCCAACAACAUUGCCAUGUCGCUGCACCGCCAGCAGUGCCGCAUCCUGGGAACCUCGCCCGAGUUCAUCGACUCGGCAGAGAACAGGUUCAAGUUCUCCAGAAUGUUGGACACCAUCGGCAUCAGCCAGCCACAGUGGAAAGAACUCUCCGAUACCGAGUCUGCUAUAAGUUUUUGUGAGACGGUGGGCUACCCAUGCUUGGUUCGGCCGUCCUACGUGCUGAGCGGUGCUGCCAUGAACGUUGCCUACAGCGACAAUGACCUGGAGAAAUACCUGAGUAACGCCGUGGCUGUGUCCAAGGAGCAUCCUGUCGUCAUUUCUAAGUUCAUACAGGAGGCCAAGGAAAUAGACGUGGAUGCGGUGGCGAGCGACGGCGUGGUCUUGGCCUUCGCCGUGUCGGAGCAUGUGGAGAACGCCGGCGUGCACUCUGGCGACGCCACACUGGUGACGCCCCCUCAGGACCUCAACCAGAAGACCAUCGAGAGGAUCAAGAUCAUCGUCCACGCCAUUGGGCAAGAAUUGCAGGUCACGGGACCCUUGAAUCUGCAACUCAUUGCAAAGGACGACCAGCUGAAGGUGAUUGAAUGCAACGUUCGCGUCUCGCGCUCCUUCCCCUUUGUAUCCAAGACACUGGGCGUGGACCUCGUCGCCCUCGCCACGCAGAUUAUCAUGGGCGAGGAGGUGGAGCCGGUGGGCCUGAUGAGAGGAAAGGGCAUUGUGGGCGUCAAGGUUCCUCAGUUUUCCUUCUCACGGCUGGCGGGUGCAGACGUGGUGCUGGGCGUGGAGAUGACCAGCACUGGAGAGGUGGCGUGUUUUGGUGAAAACCGCUACGAAGCUUACCUCAAAGCCAUGCUCUCCACCGGCUUCAAGAUUCCCAAGAAGAACAUUCUGCUCUCCAUCGGCAGCUACAAGAACAAGAGCGAGCUACUGCCCACAGUACAGACUCUGGAGACGCUGGGUUACGACCUUUAUGCCAGUCUGGGCACUGCUGAUUUCUACACCGAACACGGCAUCAAGGUGACAGCCGUGGACUGGCCGUUCGAGGAGGACGAAAGCGAUUGUCCCACCAAGGAGAAGCAACGAAGCAUCAUGAACUACCUGGAGGAGAACCACUUUGACCUGGUGGUCAACCUCUCGAUGAGGAACAGCGGGGGCCGCCGCCUCUCUUCCUUUGUCACCAAGGGUUACCGCACCCGCCGCAUGGCCAUCGACUACUCAGUGCCACUCAUUAUCGACAUCAAAUGCACCAAACUCUUUGUGCAGGCUCUCCGUCAGAUUGGCCGAAGUCCGCCGGUGAAGACUCACAUCGACAGCAUGACCUCACAGACAUUAGUCCGCCUGCCUGGCCUCAUCGACGUCCACGUCCACUUGCGGGAACCCGGCGCCACCCACAAAGAGGACUUCUCCUCGGGCACGGCGGCUGCCCUGGCUGGCGGCGUGACCAUGGUGUGCGCCAUGCCCAAUACCUCCCCCGCCAUCACCGAUGGCACCACCCUGGCCCUCGCUCAGAAGCUCGCUAAAGCCAACUGCCGCUGCGACUACGCACUUUAUUUGGGCGCCACCUCGGACAACGCGGCUGUCCUGCCGUCCAUUUCUAGUCAGGCUGUCGGCCUGAAGAUGUACCUAAACGACACCUUCUCCACCCUUAAGAUGGACAAUGUCUCACUGUGGAUGGAGCACUUUGAGAAGUGGCCCAAGCAUCUUCCCAUUGUGGCACACGCUGAGAAGCAGACGGUGGCCGCUAUCUUGAUGGUAGCUCAGCUCUACCAGCGGCCGGUGCACAUCUGCCACGUGGCCAAAAAGGAUGAGAUCAUGAUCAUCCGGGCCGCCAAGCAGAAGGGCAUCCAUGUGACAUGUGAGGUGGCGCCUCAUCACCUGUUCCUUUGCGACGACAACGUGGUGGAGAUCGGCAAUGGGCGAGCGGAGGUGCGACCCAUGCUGGGCUCCCGCGAGGACAUGGAGGCGCUGUGGGAGAACCUGGACAUUAUCGACUGCUUUGCCACAGACCACGCUCCUCACUCGGUGGAAGAGAAAAACAGUGACCAUCCUCCUCCAGGCUACCCCGGCCUAGAGACCAUGCUGCCACUGCUGCUCACCGCCGUCAGCGAGGGACGUCUGACUUUGGACGACAUCAUCCGUCGUCUUCACGACAACCCGCGCCGCAUCUUUAACCUGCCCAUGCAGGAAAACACUUAUGUGGAGGUGGACUUGGAGCAUGAGUGGGUAAUUCCACAGGCCAUGCUUUUCACCAAGUCCAAGUGGACGCCGUUCCAAGGCAUGAAGGUGAAGGGCAAAGUUCGUCGUGUGGUUCUGCGAGGAGAGGUGGCCUACAUCGACGGGCAGGUGUUGGUGGCACCAGGUUACGGCGAAGACGUGAAGAGCUGGCCAGUGGCUUCCGUCCUUUCCCCCGAAAGCCCAAUGACCCCCGAGCGUCCUCGCCCGACCCCUCCCCGCGACGGUCCGGUGCGAACUCGAGCAGCCAGCCCUCGACGUUCGGCUGGAGACAGUCGCUACCUGCAGCCCGCCCGCAUCCACCGCUCUUCCGACCCUGGAAUGCCACCAGAGAUGGUCAUGCUGCCGCCCUCGGGUGUGGCCGAAAGCUACGGCCACCCGCCUCCGCUGUCCAGGCUUCUGUCCCCCCAGCCUGGGCCUGGGCAGACGGCCGUCGGCCAGCUGCCCCACGCCCACAUGUCUCCUCUGCUGCACCCCCUGGUUGGCCAGCACGUCCUGUCCGUCAGACAGUUCAGCAAAGACCAGAUGUCUCACCUGUUCAACAUUGCACACACGUUACGCUUGCUGGUUCAGAAGGAACGUAGCCUCGACAUACUCAAGGGCAAAGUGAUGGCGUCCAUGUUCUACGAGGUGAGCACCCGCACUAGCAGUUCCUUCGCGGCAGCCAUGCAGCGUCUGGGUGGCUCAGUGGUCCACUUCAGUGAGUCCACAUCAUCCACGCAGAAGGGCGAGUCCCUGACGGACUCGGUGCAGACCAUGAGCUGCUACGCUGAUGUUCUGGUGCUUAGACACCCCAGUCCCGGAGCCGUGGAGAGCGCAUCACGCCACUGUCGCAAGCCAGUGAUCAACGCAGGUGACGGGGUAGGCGAACACCCCACUCAGGCUCUUCUGGACGUCUUCACCAUCCGGGAGGAGCUGGGCACGGUCAACGGCAUGACAGUCACCAUGGUCGGCGAUCUGAAACAUGGCCGCACCGUCCACUCGCUGGCCAAACUGUUGACUCAGUACCGCAUCACACUACGCUACGUGGCCCCCAAGAACCUCCACAUGCCGGCCGAGAUCAUCGACUACGUGGCCUCCAAGGGAAUCAAACAGGAGGAGUUCGAGAGCAUAGAGGAAGCUCUGCCUGAGACUGACGUCCUCUACAUGACAAGGAUUUAAGAAGACACUUUUUCCAUUUCUACUCUCUCGAUUUUAGUUUAUUGUCUAUUUUUUUGUGUGUGCAGUGUUUCGGUCAGUUCAUCCUCAGCCCACACAUCAUGACCGCUGCCAAGAAGAAGAUGGUGGUCAUGCAUCCACUGCCCCGAGUUAAUGAAAUCAGCGCCGAAGUGGACACUGACCCGAGGGCAGCCUACUUCCGCCAGGCGGAGAACGGCAUGUACAUCCGAAUGGCCCUGCUGGCCACCGUACUCGGACGAUAAACUGGGGGCACCUUGUAUACACGAUCACAGGCAAAGGUUACUAUCAAGGAUAUAUGUCACUGCAGUGUUGGAGACUUAAUUUGUAUCAUGCAAAAAUAAAAUGAUGGUAAUCCCCUUGCAAAUUA